AUGAGCGACAGUGAUUCAUCGCAGCGACUUAGUGAUGUACAAGAACGAUUCUUGGCACUCCUUCCCAUUCCAGCUUCUAUUUUGAGCAUAACUGGCAGCUCUAUCAUCAUUUACAUUGCUUUGAAUUCUAGGACAAGGAAGAAGUUGAGUCCAUAUACUCGACUUCUCAUAGGGUUGAGCAUCAGUGAUAUAGUUGCAAGUAUAAACGUUGCCUUUGCAUCAUUCCUUAGGCCCACAGAGAGCCCUCGCGCAACCUCAUUUGCUAUUGGCAAUGCAACAACAUGCUCCGUUUCAGGGUUCAUGACGACAGUGGCUUUCUCGUCUGCAUUGUAUUCAUGCAUGCUCAGCUACUACUUCUUAUUAACCGUGAGAUUUAGACUGAAGAACUCUUUCAUUGCGAGAAGGAUUGAGCCGCUGAUGCACUGCAUCUCACUUGGCUACCCACUUAUCUCCGCAAUAAUUGGUGCCUAUUACGAUGCUUACGCAGACACUGCGACUUAUUUGGGGUGUUGGAUAAACUGUCCAGCAGAGAAAGAUGAGGAAGAGUGCUUUUCCAAAACUUUGGGAUGGAUCUUCUAUGGUUGGCCUUUCCUUUUUGUGGUGGUUUCUUUGAUUGUGAACAACAUAUUGAUUUGGCGCCUAGUACAUGGGCACUCAGUUACAUUAGGGAGAAAGAGUACUCGCGAUGGAGUUGCUGUAUCAAGUGAUCAAUCUGCGGCUGUUAACAGUGUGGACGAUGAUUCCUUUCUUGACCAAGGCACAGGGGUAGACGAUACCUAUUGUGGCUCCAACACCACCUCGCCAUUGUCUGAUGUUGUCAAUAAGGCACAGAAACAAACUUCAGAUGCUUCAGCUGACAAUCAGCUGAGAAGACUACAACUUGUCAAGUCUCAAGCAUUUUUGUUCGUUGGAAGUUAUGCUUUCGUCACCAUGUGGGGCGGAAUCACGGCAAUUGGUGAAAAUCGAGCCGAUUCAGAAGACGAGGAACUAUCUCUUUUGGUGAAAUUGUAUCCCAUUAUGGUUCUGAACGCUAUUCUAACACCGAUGCAAGGGUUCUUCAACAUGUCGGUAUAUGUUCGUCCAAAAUACUUGACAGUGCGUCAUGAGUUUAAAGACAAAUCUCGCUGGUGGUCGAUGCAGCGUGCAAUACUUGGGGAGAAGAAAGCGCGAGCAUCGAAGACGCCGAGGAUACCGAACAAAAAGCCACAGGGGGUGAAGGAAGCUUCCAAUGUCGAGUCGCCGAACGAUGGACUAAGAAUAGAUGAUAGCGCUGAAUCGGCGGACACUGUAGCCCAAUCACUCCCAUUGAAGCGUUGUGGUGUAUCGACUUUGACUGCCAGUCGCGGAGACUUCAACAAUGAAGAGUUUUGCUUUGAAGGUCUGAACGACGUAGACCAAGACAGAUGGAGAUGCAAGCGCCAUGACACAUGGGCACCAAUGAAGCAAGCGCCUCGAUACUACUCUAGCUUGCAAGAGCGGGGAUCAAGCCUUGAGAUGAUCAGCGAGCUAACAGAGACGCAGUUUGAGCCAAUCAUUGACUAUUCAGAAGAAGUUGAAGUUGAAGGUGAUCAUAGAUUCAGAACACCUAACAGAGAUUCAGUUCCAGCAGCUCCAAGGUCUGCAACUAUUCCGAGCCCAUUCGCCACAGAUAGUCGAUGGAACCCCAAUUCACCAAAGCAACGCAAACUAGUGCCAAGUCUCGAUUUGAUGUUGCCACAAAGAGUUUCAAGCUCUUCAGAACAAUUUUGCACCCAGGAGGACCAACUUGCUGACGAACAAUGGAUCGAUUCACAGCUUCAAACUUCUCCUCGAACCAGAAGUCUGGAAAAGCAUUCAGAAAUUGAAGACGAAAAGGCAGAUGUAUUAGUUCAAGCUUCGCUUCUGUCGUCGUCUGCACGAUCUGCUCCCACAAGUGAAGCAUCUUUUUUAGAUAGAAUGCUGCAGCCUCCAGAAAGACGAAUGAGCCCACCUCCCUUGUAG